AUGUCAGCCACUUGCAACGUGUUUGUGUUAGACCUAGGGUGGCGAAAUGUCUCGGAGAUGGGUUAUCCAGCGGUCGGCUUCCAUUUGUCGUUUCAGAACGAGAGAUCUGGUGUGUCAUUGAGCGAUUUAGACUUGGUGAGUUUGAGUAUUAACAUAGCUCGACGUGCGGCUAACUUGGCGGAUAAAUAUGGGAUUACUGAUGCGAGGGAUUUGCAGUCUCAGAUGAAUUUAUUGGAUGCGCUUAAGGAUGAUGGGGGCAAUGGGGUCAUGCCUGAGGAUAUUGAUCGCGAGACGCAUAAGGUAAUGAAGCAAUUUGGGUGUCCAAGAUUCGGAUGGAAGCUGAAAUCGAGAAUUGAAGAGACUUCGCCGCUUAUACGGAACCACCCAGAAGUAUUUCUGCAACCACCGAAUGUAGAAGAUCGACAGGCACUGUCGGAGCUAGCUGCUGUACCUGAUUAUUUGCAACUAAUGUCCGACCAAGAUGGUAAACUAUGUUUGUUGGAUGUGGCAGAAAUAGCAAUGAACAUUGCCGAACAGCUCUUCCGAUUAGAAAAAAGUGAGGCAGAAGGUCAUAAGGUCCCCAAUGAUAUAUUCAGUUGGAGAAUACUCGAAGACAUGUCCGAUGCACAACACACUAACCCCCUAGAAUCGCGCAUGAGCGCAGCUGUGCCCGUGGCCACUCCAGAAGGAGAGGCCCUCAUGUUGAUCCCAGAAGAACUCAUCAUGAAUGUAGCAUCAUGGGUCCAAGCCACUUAUCUCACGGCACCCGUAUUUUAA